GAUUGGGUCUUCCAUAUAUAGAAAACCAAUCGUGGAAGAUCUUAUAUUUUUCAUUGGUAGGUGUUUAGAUAGCAACCACCUGAAGGACUAGGGAAAAAUAUUGGCCAGUGAACAAGGAGUUUUGUAUUUGGACGAGUUAUAAGAAAAACAUGGCAACUGCACUACGUCCAAACACAAGAUACCAGCCACCUGACUGGUUCACAAAUAACCACACCAUCUCUACAAAUGCCGAAAGGCAAAGAGAUGCUUCCCAUCAAGUUCGCCAGGAGAGCCGAUUUCUCAGAAAUGAGACAGACAACCAAACAAAGUGGGACCAGCACUCCAACAAUGUCCGCCUGGCUGACAGAGUAGACAACAUCAGACAGUGGAAGGAAAUCCUGGAGAAGACCCUGGCUGAUAUUGACAAGGAAAUUGCCGACUUGUCUGAUGCCAAAGAGCUCACAGAACAGUCUCUGGAAGCCAAGAACCUCCCACUGGACGUUGCUAUUGAGUGUCUGACUCUGAGAGAAGGACGCCAGAGCAUUGAUGUUGUACAGGAUGAGGCAGAAAACCAGCUACACAAGGAGGUGGAAGUUAUUGAGGGAAUCAAAAAAGCUCUUCAGCAGAAAGUUAGUGAUUCCUUUGAGCAGCUUUGCCUUUUACAAGAGGCCAGACAGCAGCUUCAGGCUGACUUGCAGGACAAGAACUUAGCUUUAGGAAUAGAUGUAGAUCAGUACAACCUCCUGGACAGGUCACCCCAGAUCAGCUUCAAACCCGAUUCAUUACGAGUACCUAAAGGAAGCACCACCCCUCAACAGUGGGAGGACUUCAGCCGAUACAACAAGGAGAGAGCUGAAGCAGAAAUGAAGGCGUCUACCCGCUUGAGGGAGGCAAUCCACCACACCCUACAGCAGUGCGCCAAUGACCUAGAGGCCCAGAGAAUAGCCACAGAGUAUGCCUACAGGAAAAGGAUCCACGAAUUUGAAAGAGCAAAGGGCGAGCUGGAAUGGCAAAAGAAGAAUACUGAGGAAGAAAUUGCAGAAUUGGAGAAUGAUAUCAGAGGAAUUGAAGAAAAAAUCAGAGCCAAGAUUGCGCCAAUGAAGCUUGCUCAAACUCGCCUGGAGAACCGUACUUACAGGCCAAAUGUUGAGCUCUGUCGGGAUGCUCCACAGUAUGGUCUUACAGAUGAAGUCAAACAGCUAGAGGCCACAAAGAGAGCCUUAGAAGAGAAACUAAAACAAGCCAAGCAUGCCUUGGACGGUUUAGAACAGAAUCUUCACAGGAUAAAUGAUGACCUUGCUCAGAAAAUUAAUUCACUUAAUUUGGACAAUAAAUGUAUGGAUGUUCGUAAAAAACUUCAGAUCCGCCCCCAGACUGCUCUACAGAGGAAUUUAACCCUGACUGGAAUUGAAAGGGAAAGAUCACACAUCUUGGCAUAAUUAUUUUCCAAAACCCAGGGAAAACAGUGCAUUUUUUACAAUAUCAGAUUAUGUCAGGCAUGUUUUACAAUAUCAGUAUUUAAACCAAUAUCAUGUGAUCAUGGAUUUUAAAACUUUGAGCAAAGUUUUUAAAGUGUUGGAAAUAUUUAUAUUUUAAAUUGAUUUAUGGGAGAUGAGUAUUGAAGAUAUAAAGUUGAAUGGAU